GCGAGCGAACGGCACGUGAGGGAGUUGCCAGUUCGCAACGCGAGCCCUGAGCGUGCAGGGCAUUCGACGCUCGCUGCAUGACAUGCGCCACGGAAUAUCUAGCUAAGGAUCGUUCCUAUACCUUUCUCGUCCAGCCGGCGACCAACAAUGGUUUUCGAAUCGGUGGUUGUCGAGCUUGUCAACUACGUUCUUGGAGACUACAUUGAGAACUUGGACACGUCCCAGCUCAAGUUGGGAAUAUGGGGAGGAGACAUCAAUUUGAAAGAUCUGGACAUCAAGCAAAGUGCCAUUGAUGAUCUUGAUCUACCUUUCCGUGUCGCAUACGGUCACAUAGAAAAGCUCACAUUGAAGAUACCAUGGCAGUCAUUGUACAGUGCUACUUAUUCUGCCAUGGUGGAAGGCAUCUACAUGGUCAUAGUUCCAAAGUCAGGAGUGAAAUAUGAUGCAGCCAAAGAGCAAAAGCUUCAGAGGGAAGCCAAGCAACGGGAGCUUGCUCGAAUUGAGCUGGUGAAGCAGCAAGAGGCAGAGAAAGACAAGCCCAAAGAGGAGAAGCAGGACACCUUCGUUGAGAAAUUGGCGGCACAGAUCAUCAAGAACCUGCAGGUCCGCAUCCGCAACAUCCACAUCCGCUAUGAAGACAAUUUCACCAUCCCCGAGCACCCGUUUUCCUUUGGCAUCACGCUGUACAACCUGUCCUUCGACACGACCAAUGAGGAGUGGGAGCCGUGUGUCCUUGACGUGUCUGCCAGGAUUGUGCACAAGCUGGUUGAUGUCAGUAGCUUUGGCUUGUAUUGGAACCCAGACUGCAAGCUUUUCAUGGAACAGGAGCAGUCAAAGAUAAAGCUGCUGCUUCAAGAGAAGAUUAGUAAUGAAGCUGUCAAGCCUGCUGAUGUUUCAUACAUGCUCGGUCCGAUCUCCUCGCUUGCCAAGUUGACCAUGGACACAAAGCCAGAGAUCAAUAACUACAGCACCACAGGGAUGGUUUUGGACAUUGUUGUCGCAGAGAUCAGCAUUGGCAUCAGCAAACGCCAGUUUCAAGACAUGUUGGCACUUUCGGAUUCUGUCAACCGGAUGACAAUUGCUGCCCACUACAGGAAGUACAGGCCCGAUGUCCCGGUGCACAACAACGCUAAAAGAUGGUGGCACUUUGCUUAUGAAGCGAUUCUGGAGGAGUACGUGCGACGACGCAGGCGUAACUGGUCACUGAAGCACAUGCAUGAGCAUGUCCUCAAAGUUAAAGCUUACAAGACUCAGUACAAAGUCAAGUUGCAAACCAAGCAGUCUUCCGAAAACCUCAAGGCACUUGAAGAUGAGUUGGAUGUGUUCAACAUCACACUUGCGAGACGUCAGGCGGAGCUUGAGGUUGAGGAGCAGCAGCUGAACACCCCGAAACAAAGCUGGUUGUCAUCCUGGUGGUUUGGUGGCGACCAAAGCGGCACAGCAUCUCAGACCCAGGACAUUGCCAAGCAGUUUGAGAAAGCCAUGACGCCUGCCGAGAAGGAGAAGCUGUACGCUGCUAUUGGCUAUCAGGAGAACUCUUCAGCACCAAUCUACCCAGUCACUUACGUUGCCAAGAGGCUGAAUUUUCUGCUCAAGAACUUUUCAUUGGCUAUACAUGAUGAAGCAAGAGUGAAGACCAUCAUUGUGCAGGUAAUAUUGAACGAUAUGUCUGCAAGUUUUGAAGAGAGACCGAGAACGGAAGCCAUGAAGUUGGAGUCAAAAAUUGAGAAAUUCAAGGUGCUUGGCUUUCCUCAAGAGCCAUCAGAAUUCUGCACUCUGAUAUCAUCAGAGAUCGUUCAAGGCAAUGAAAAGAAGACUCUUCUGACCUUCCUGUUUGAAACAAAUCCACUUGAUGACAAGUGUGACCAGAGAGUUCACCUUUUGGCAGAACCUGUGGAAAUGAUCUACGACGCGGCUGUCAUCUCUGCCCUGGCGGAUGUUUUCAGCCCCCCAGAGCAAGCCACCCUUGACAAGCUGCAGGCACGGGCAGUAUCGAAGCUGAACGACAUCAAGGCCAUGUCGGCCACUGGGCUGCAGCAUGCUAUCGAGCAGCGGAAAGCUCUCGAAGUGCUGGUUGAUCUGAAGCCAUCCUACCUAGUCGUCCACGAGGGUGGCCGGAAGAAGGACAACAAGCUCCUUUUGGUGAUCAGCUUCGGUCAGCUCUAUGUUCACGGCCUGCCAAGGAGUCGCAAGGCGCCUACAGUGCGCGAGCUGGUCAAGUCUGGAAGCACCGAGUCUGAAGUGAUGCAGGUCAUGAUAUCCCAGGCGUAUGAAAAAUACACUGUACGUGUGACGGCUACCGAAAUUGUGGUAUGCCCCCCAGAGAAAGAGUGGAAGUCCCUGCUUAGGAGCGGCAACUCUGAGCUACAUGUCCUGCAGCCCACUGAUGUAUUGGUGGAAAUUGAUAAGUGCAUCAUCGCAGACAAUGUCCGCUUGCCAAAAGUUCGAGUAACCGGGAAGCUGCCGCUGCUACGAGUGUCGGUUACCGAUUUCAAGCUGGUGCAAGUACUGAAGGUAUUGAACAGCAUCCCGACUGCGGGUGCCAGUACACCGCCCAAAGUAGUGGAAGCAGCUCCUGUCAUCCCAUUAGCCGAACGUGAACUCCCAACAAAGAUUGAGACGACCUCUGCCUUGAAUGUUGUUUCCAAAGGAGAAUCGACGUCAAGCAGUGAGGGUGCGCCGCGGCAAGACUUUGAUACAACCGACCUGGAAUUGAACUUCGAAAUAACUGAGGUGGCCCUGGAUAUCUCGCAGACAGUUCAAGGAGUACUGAAACCAGUGGUAGUCUUCCAAGCACAGCAGCUAAGCUUGAAGUUGGAUCUUCGCCCGCUGGACAUGCGCUGCCAAUUGUGCCUAAAGAAGACCCUCCUGCAGCACAUGGAUUUCAGUGCUCCCAACCGCCCUGGGCCACUGAAAAUUCUCGACUCUACUGCCGACCCUGAAACGGGGAGCACGAUCAGCCUCAUAAUUGUGCAGACGAACAAAAAGCACCCAGAUUUUGACACGGUGAGGGGCUCAGUGCUCCAGAAGGUGACCCUGGACAUCUCCGAACUGAUGCUGAUUAUGCAUGAAGAAUCCAUCUGCGCCCUGGUGACAUUGUACACUCACUUGACUGACGAGCUUGGCAGCCUCGACAAGGAGCCCAAGGUUUCGGAGACCCAAAUUCAAGCCACCACUGCAGCGAAACCACUCGGCAGCAAGCCUCCUACACGCAGCAGAAGAUCAACUAAUGUGGUUGUGAGCAUGGAUUUGUUUGCUUCUUUGACUGGUUUUGCCCUGGAGAUCUGCAACAAGAACAGGACCAUCUGUGACAUUCUCGUGCGAGGCAUGGAGUAUGGCAUGACGUGGUAUCCGACUAAACUCGUCACAAGGCUAAACCUCAAGACGGUUGGCAUUGGUGACCCCACACCUGGAACCCUUCAUAAGAACAUACUUGCUGUGCCUGGAGAUGAAGUCAUUGCUUUUGAAAUAACCACUUAUGAGGAAUGCGGAGCCCUGGGCUAUGUGCAAAUGGAUCGAGUGGACAUCGAUAUCAGAGGGAGGCUGGGCCAGCUCCAUUUCGUGUUGCUCUACCGUUUCUACUUGGACAUUUAUAACUUUGUAAACAGGUUCCAGGCUGCCAAAGCAAAGAUAAUGGAGGCCACGGCCAGCAUGGCCGAGGCUGCACGUGCCACCGUGGAGACUGCCUACAAGCAAGCGUACAAGAUGGCUAUGGAUAUCCGCAUUGAGGCACCCAUCAUCUGCCUGCCGCAGAACUGCAAGUCGCGCAACAUCUUGGUCAUGGACUUUGGAGUACUGCACGUGCACAACAAGUUCAAGCUGGAUGAGAAUAGCACACCUGAAUUGCCCUGCCUUCUGGAGGAGAUGGUGGUGGCAUUCGACAACCUCAAGCUCUCGCGAUUCUGCAUGAAGGUUCCGAAUUCGCAAGAUGAUGAUGAAUAUCCCCUGCUCCUUCCAGUAUCAUUCAAGUUGCUUGUUGUAAGAAACAUGAACUUUGAGACCCACCCUGAAGUUCCAGAAAUGAAGAAUGAGGGUGUGCUACCAAAGAUUGAGUUAAUUCUCAGUGAAGAGGACUACUGUGCCAUCAUGCGUACCUUGGAUGAGAACUUGAAUGAGAUACCACCGGAAGACGAGCCCUUGGAUUGGUCGAAGAUACCCGUGCCUGUUGUGACCAAUGCUCCUUACCCGAUAGAGGAGGUAUACACGCACGAGCACACUGAUCCUGUCCUAUCCACAGAUUACAUUGAUGUCAAGAAAGAGAUCAAGAGGGCUGUCAGAAUUGAUUUGUCAUUCCAGAUUGACUACGUUGUUUUGGACCUUUACGUGAAGAGGUCGAGUGAGGGGAAGGAAGGCCUGGCAAGGCUGGAGAUUGAGCUCCUCUCAGUCAAGGGGCACAUGUUCCAUGAUGGGUCCUACUGGAUGGACACAGUGCUUGGCAAUCUGGUUGUGGACGACACUCGUGUCACUCGCAAGACUGGCCUGACCAGGUUCCUGACACGUUCGAGCCGCAGCAAGGACAAGCUGGUGGACGUGCUGUACAAGGUGGACAAGAAUGGGGACUUCUUCACCCAGAUCGACUUGUCCAAGAUCACCUUUGUCUACUGCGUUGACUUCUUCAAUGCCAUCAUGAGCUUCUAUUACAUGGACAGCAUGUACAAAAAGGCAGAUGAGAAGCGGAAGCAGCAGCAACAGCAAGCCACCAAGCGCCAGCAGCCGCCGCAGGCUCAGGCCUCUGUCACAGAUACAACUUCACCACCAAUGCCUCCAUAUCCUUUGAGAAACUACACCGUGCAACUCGAAAUGGACAAGCCAGACAUUGUCCUUGUCGCUGACAUUGAUGAUCCACAAUCUGCAUGCAUUAUCAUGAAGGGAUCUAUCCACCAGAAGCUAAGGCAGGUAGGGACAACACAGUCAAUGAUGGUUCUCAUGGAUGACCUCCGGAUGUUCACAUCGUACGUUGACAAAUUUCAAUCGGAACACAUCCGUUCUGAGAUAUUGAAGCCAACAGAGAUCAGCCUAAAUAGCACUUUCACAGUCGAAAGUGGCCAGCACAUGGAAAUCAACUUCUCACCAAUAGAGAUUCACGUGACACCUGGAGCAGUGGAGAUUCUCUCCAAAAGCUUGGGCUCCCUCAGCGCGCCUAGUGCUGAGCAAAAAGCCGAUCAUGAAGUUGAGCCAGACAACAGUGAGGUGUGGAAUAUAAUGAAGCUGGACAAGGCGAAACUCUGGUUCUUAGAAGAGCCAACUGUGCCAAUGGCCAUGGAAGCCAUGGAGACCAUGGAAGCUGCACCAGCUACACAGGAGUCCCAGGCUCCCCGGAAGGACGAGCAAGCUCUUGUGACUGCCAAGUCCAUUGUGAUAACCCUGGAACAAGGUGCUGAGAACCGCACUGUUCCCGUGCUGUUGUGGAAAGCCAGUCUGGAAGCUGAAGUCCUGGAUUGGUCUGGGGAGAUGUCAGUUCGUGGCUUCUUGGGUUCUGUGAUCUUCUACUACAAUGAGAAGCUUGCUGUGUGGGAGCCUCUGGUGGAGCCCAUUGAAGUUCCCGGUGGUCGCAAGGUCUGGGAGAUUGCUCUUAAGAUUGACAAGCACAUAGGGGAUGAGGAUGUGCUCAACGCAGCCAACAUGCCACCAAUGUUCUCCAUUGAACUACUCGUUGAGGACACCUUGGAAGUGACCAUUUCUCAGACUACACUGCAGGUUCUCAAGGAUCUUGGGGAGGCUUUCAGCGCUGCCUUAGUCAAAGCACCCACAGAGCACAAACGUUUGGAUGCGCCUUACGUUGUCAAGAACUACCUUGGCAUUGCUGUCCAUGUUAUUCUCGAGGGAACACCAUUUCGGGUUGCUGCUCCCAAUGUUGAUGACGAUAUUGAUGAGGUCAUCUUGGAGCCUGAUGCCAUGGUGCAACUGACCUUCAAGGAGACCUCCGAGCAGAAGGGGAGGUUUGCAGGCACUCUGGUGGAGCUUAGCCAACAGAAUGUCACAGAAGCCAACUUUGCCAUCCAGGUGAAGGAGGCUGGUGUGUCAGCAGUGCGGAAAGUAUGUGUGACCUAUGCUGACAAGCGAUACUUCACGCUGCCCAUCAAGACUUAUCCAGGCGACGACUGGGCAUUCAUUGUGGACACCACGUCUCACUAUGGCUCAAAGCUUGUCAUGAUUUACUCCAUCUGCAAGAUUGUAAACCACCUGUCUGUCCCCAUAGAAGUUUACUACUUGGUCGAAGGUGACAAAGUCUCCGAGGUGUUUCUCUGUGGUGUGAUAGAGCCACACAAAGUCCUCCACCUGCCUGUGCGGGCUCUGUACACCAAGACCAGCGAGCUGUUCUUCAAGCCUGUCGGAGAAAAGUACAGAAUGUCCAUGGAGCCAUUCGUUUGGAAGCCCCACAGCGUUGACCACAACAGUAUACUGCAAUGCCCAUCAAAGACAGAAGAGAACAAGUUCUUUUACAUAAAUGUAUCGGGAAAGACAGAGCCUGUGAAGUAUGACGACAGCAUUGGCAAGGUUUCGACCAUGCCUUUGUUCAGCAUUGAGCUCCAGCCAACAGUUCUAGUGCGAAACCUGCUCUCCUGCAGCCUCUAUGUCAAGCUGGAGAACAUGUCCAAAUUGUUCUGUCUGGAAGCUGGGCAGGGAGUAGAACUUUGGAAUGCUGAAAUUGGAGAAUCCACACUUCUGCUCAAGCUGCAUGGUUACAGAGACAUGGAGUGGUCCUGCAAAACACGGUUGGAAUCUACCAUGGAUGAACUUUCAGUGCUAACUUUUGAGACUGCAGAAGGUCCGCAAAUGGCCUCUCGAAGAAGCAAACGAUGCUGGUGCGAGCAGUGCUUUCGAUGCGAACGAAAGCAAAGUCUUGGGAUCUCCUCGUGUUGGAAAUGCUCUUUGGACUUGGGCAUGCAUGUCGAAACAACCAAUAACUGCAUAGUAUUGGGUCUAUAUUGCCCUUUCUGGAUGGUCAACAAGACAACUGAGGACAUUUCCUACAAGCCUGGAGAAGACAGACGCUUGUCUCUAAGGUCACAGUCAUCUAUAGAAAAGGAACUGAGUCCAGGAAAGACUGAAGAUUCUGCUGGAAUCCCCCAUCCUGCUUCUUUUGAGGGCCCGGUCCUGUUCUCCUAUCGUUCCAAGACAUUGUUCACAAAGAAAAAGGCUGCGAUAAAGAUCUUCAACUCGGAGUGGUCCGAGCGGUUUUCCCUAGACGCCGUUGGGAGCUCAGGAACCAUAAUCGCCAAAUCCAAGGAUGGCCACUCCUACCUGCUAAGUGUUGGGAUUACGCUAAGUGCCACUGGCCUGACAAGAAUUGUCACCUUCACACCAUACUACCUUGUUUUGAACAACUGCAAGACUACGGUCGAGAUCAAGGAGUAUACGGAAAAUUCUGUAUGGAUGAGAAUACUGCCUGGAGCUUGUGUACCAUUCUGGCCUAAAGAAGUACAGAAGCUUGAGCUCCUGGCAAGGUAUGCAGACACGGAGGAGUGCACGGUGCCCUUCUCAUGCAAGGAGACAAACUCCAUCCUACUCAAACUUGCAAACAAGAAGGGUGGCUUGUACAUGGCUUGCCAAGUGAGCGAGAGUGCAGCUGUGGUGAGCUUCGGUGACUACGAAGAUGGACUGUCACCCGUCUUCUUGGUGAACCAAAGCAGUGCAGCGUUGACCUACUGCCAGCAUGGUUACAGGGACAUGUCCAUCUACUCCCUGCCACCGAAGACGGCAGCGCACUACACCUGGGACAAUCCAAUGUCAAAGCGCUGCCUCCUGUGGGGCCCUGCCGACUGUGCCAAGCUCAAUAAACUUGAGCUGCUUAUGGAUGACUGCGACCAGAUCCAGCUUAAGGAUGACCGCAAGCUGUUUUGGAUUGCAUUCCUGAAUGGCAGGCAGCGAACACUGCUCUUCACUGAAGACUCGGGCCUGGUCUUCAAGAUACAAGAGUCCGGAGCAUUGGAGCGCAACAUCUAUGACAUGGUGCUGAACGUGCAAGCGGUUGGCAUCUCUCUGGUUACUGCCAUACCCAGGAGAGAGAUCAUAUACAUCUCCAUCACAGGUUCUGGUGUGAAGUGGGAAUCCAAGAAGGAGACGAAGAACUACUACAAGGCUGUGUCCACCAAGGAGUCGAACCAGUUGGAGUUGCAGUACCAGCGCUACAACAAUCUGCGCCGGCUGGACAGAGACCCUCCCUCUGUGCUCAUGGUCAAUGGCUACGAGGUGGACUUCAAGCAGAUGAAGGUUAUGUCGAAUCCCAAGAAAGACCUGCGGCGCCUUGCCAGGCCUGGCAUUUGGGCUACGUACAAGAAGUCUCAACACCAGACUAUGGUUCACGCCAAGCUCCACUUGCUUCAGGUUGACAACCAGAUUGCAGAUUGCACUUUCCCUGUGAUAUUGACCCCUGUCACAGUAAGGAGGUCCCUGGGAGAGGGCAUGAUUCCCAAGCCCUUCUUUGAGACCAGUGUGAUAAUGCGACAGUUCGACUACUCACAAGUCCGGCAAUUUAAGUACUUCAAGGUUCUGGUUCAGGAGUUACAUGCCAGAGUGGACCAAUGCUUUAUCAACGUCAUUGGUUCAUUCCUGACCCUGAAUGAGAGAGAAGCCAACCACGAAGAACUGCUUGAGAAAGACAGGUCAUUGACCAGAGGCGGACUGAAGGAAAUUGCUGAGCAGUUCUCUGAGCAAGGAGUCAAGGACUUCUUCGACAUGCUGCACUUCUCACCAAUCAAGCUUCACUUGAGCUUUUCACUCUCAGCCGACAGCAAAAACAGCAGUGGGAGCCUGUUUAACCUUUUGCUGCAGAGCUUUGGAGUUACCUUCACAGAGAUACAGGAUGCUGUGCUCAAGCUGGACUACUUUGAGAAGAGCAACACCUACUUGACCAUGCACCAGCUGAUAAAUGAGGCCUCCAAUCACUACUUCCGUCAGACCUUGAAGCAGAUCUACGUGGUGGUGCUGGGGCUAGAUGUCAUAGGCAACCCUGUCGGCCUGCUGACAGGAUUCACUACCGGCGUCGGAGACUUCUUCUACGAGCCACUGCAGGGCGCCAUUCAGGGCCCCGAGGAAUUUGCUGAAGGUCUUGCCACCGGCGUUCGCAGCCUCAUCGGACACACCGUUGGCGGUGCUGCAGGGGCAGUGUCCCGAAUCACAGGCACUCUUGGAAAGGGCAUUGCAGCCCUGACCAUGGAUGAUGAGUACCAGCGUCGCCGAAGGCUGGAACAGAACCGCCGCCCCAACGACAUUGCAGAGGGUUUUGCCCAGGGCGGAAGGGACCUGGUCAUGGGCGUCUAUGAAGGCAUGACUGGCAUAUUUACCAAGCCAAUGGCUGGUGCCAGGGAGGAAGGAGUCAGCGGCUUCUUCAAAGGAGUCGGCAAGGGCCUCAUUGGCGCAGUGGCCAGGCCCACUGGUGGAGUUGUGGAUUUUGCCAGUGGCUCCUUCGAUGCUGUCAAGAGGGCUACGGAUUUUGUGGAUGAAGUCCGGCCUGUUCGUCCAGCGCGGUUCAUUAAACCGGACGGAAUUAUCAGGCCCUACAACCUCAUGGAAGCGCAAGGCAAUAGGCUCCUACAGGACGUUGACAAGGGAAAGUAUGCAGAGACGGACGUCUAUGUUGCCCACGUUUGCAUCUGCGAAGAAGGACGGAACAUCUUGCUUGUCACAAACAGGCGGGUGAUGUUUGUGCUAAAAGGCGACGUGUUCGGCCAGUGGAAUGCGGAGUGGACCUACUCCUGGGAGGAAGUGAAGGAGCCACCGACCGUCUCAAGCCAAGGCAUCAAGAUCCUGCUGAAGGAGCCAAAGAAGAAGGCUCUUUUCGGCUCCAAGGAGACUGGAAAGAUCAUCCACAUCAAGGACAUGGACGUGGCCAAAUUCAUAGCACAGAGGAUCGAGGAAGCCAUGAAGAAGCCCCUGUAAACACGUUCUCAUCACUGCACCCUCAACUUCUGUAAUCAAGUAGCCAAGCCCUCCCAAGUCAUGGAAUUGGCCAAAGCCACAAUCGCUCUACCAUGGAUGCGCUUCGUUUUGCACUGCAUGCAUUUGGCUGCAUAUGAGAAAUUACUAUAUUAUUUAACAUAUUACGAAUCUGCCUAGCAGAUUGCAUCUAAGCAGUUUAAUGUGAUUGUCAAACAGUGCGUGAUCUCGUUGGCAUUUCAGCAAUUAUUAAUGUUUUCUUUCUCUACGCCAGCCAGCAUCCCGCUAACAUUUUAUAUGCACAUUGCAAAAUGCGUACUUCUUUGGACAUACUACGCUAUGCACCAUAACUGCCCGAGUGUCCUUGCUUGAUCAGCUUUACCUCAAUUGCUUCACUAUUAGUAUUUGUGUACAUAUAAUUAUACUUAAUAUCUGUGUGUAAAUAAAUUGUUGCCCAGACUACAUUAGCAACUUUGUUUGUAUACAACUGUCUGCUUGCCCUGUAUUUACCUAUCUCUGUCAGGACCAAACCAAAGCAGCCUAUGCACUGUGGUAGGUAACAAUGUGCAGGGCUUUAUGUAUUUGUGAACUGCUGCCAGCUUUGUUUUUAUUAAUUGUUAAUCUUAUAACCUAGGAGAGACCUGCAUGGAACUAGUGAGACAAUGGGAGCUGUGAUUCACAAAUGUCAAGACAACUGACAUGAACCCAAGUUCCUAACCUUGUUUUAAGACUAUGCCAUUUUCCCGGCUAGUCCCUAGUUGUUGACUUUCAUUUCAAAGAAAUCCUUGUUGAAUUUUCCUUUGAAUAAAAAUUCCAUUUGAUGAUG